ACAGAGAGACCAAAACGAACACUUAAAUGUGCCGCAGGGUCUGCGCCAGCGGGAUCUGCUCGCUCGCGGAGGUCGAGCCCGGGCCUGAAGCUUUCCGGUGUGUAUGAGAAAAGAGAGGGGCUGUCUUAUCCUGCCCUGUGUUGCCGCUGCUCGCGGGCACGUACUGUGGCUACUGCCAUCAGCGGACAGUCUCUUAUUACGCCCGCGUUCAACUCUACGCGAAUUAUAAAUACUCUUUUUAAACUGCACGACGAUAACGUGAACACUCUCAGAAUAUCAAAAUCUGAAAAGUUAGCCAAAUAAUAGAUUUUGAGAGCGGAAGACAAAAUUUUAAAUAAUCUUUGGAAAUGACGACAAUCAUCACGGAUAAUAUGAAUAUUCGAACUUCGAAAAUCAUAACUGAGUUAUUAAAUAGGAGAUAAAAUCGAAGAUAAUGUGAAUAAUGGAUAGUAAUGACGGAGGACAACAGAGAAGAGAUUUCUUCACAAACUAAAAGAUGUUCGCUAGACUCUGCAGACAAACUCCAAACGGGGACUUGAAGAGGCGGCAUUCCUGGAGCAGCGAAAUCGAUUAUCAAUUAGCUGUAACGGAAGCUGCAAAUAUCUCGGGAGAAAAUCUCACUUCCUCAGCUUCCUCAAAAGACAAUAGAAUCUUUCGCAAGGAACAUGGCUGUUCGUUGCAAACGGUGGACCUGGUGGCGGACUGUCCAAAUUUGCAAAUUGUGACAGGUGGCUCAGGAUCGUCGUCAUCCUCAAAGUCAUCCACAUUGCCGUCUUCGACGUUUACGUUUACGUCGGUGACGAGCAUGGGACAACGACCGAGCGCUCUGUUGCGCCCCAAGAUUUCGUUAACUUGGGUCCUACGUGGACAACAGCAGUCUGAGUCUAACAACACUUAUCCGAUUGCUAAUAGCAACGGAAAUACGUACAGUGAUCGAGAUCUUUUAUCGCGCAAGGAAAGGUCCUCGGGAAGAAGCAUUAAAUGCUUCAAGGAGAAGCAUGCUACUAACAAGGAGAACAUUGAAUACAAGAAGAGCGCUGAGAAGCGUGAAAAGAAAAUUCUACACAGACUCGAAAAAAUCGAAAAGAUCGGCAAAGAAUCGAUCGGUGAAAGACGAUUGGAUAAUACAUUGGAAAAGCACUUUGAUGAAGAAUUUGUCGGUCUGAAAGAAAUAAAAGAAAAGGAGAAAGUGAAGCGAACUAUAUCUGAGCCUUCUCUAAUAUCUCGUGAGUCGAUGUCAGCAUGUAGCGGACGAGAAAAGCAUCGGCAUAGACGAACCAAACGUUCGUACAAGCCUAGAUUACCCAGUAGAUUUGGUUACGAGAUUGCCGAUUUGGAUGCCUUCUUGACUAAGGCAUCCAUAGAAAGACCGGCGAACAUUCCAGUCGUCCUAUCUUUUCCAUCAGUAUUAUAUCAGACUCAAGGCGGUAUUCAAGAUGAAAUGGCUCUUCCUUUGGGUACAGUCGUAAAUGCCAUUUUUAAGAAUCAGGCCUGGUUGUACGUUCAAACUCCUCACGGCCAGGAAGGUUAUGUCGGUUACGCCGCUUGUUUGCCUUUGGGAAUUUUACCGCAUCCCACGCAAGGACCUUGUUGGGAGGAUUCUACCGAUAUUUUUCCUCGACCUCUCGGAAAUAUGACGGAUAUAGAGAAAUUGCGAGACACCAGAUCAGAAUGCGGGGCAAGUCGCGGCCGUCAGAGCGGCAGAGUCAGACGAUGUAUGAGAGACGCGGUGUCGGCGUGCGGUGAGCGUAGUGUCGAUCGAUUGUAUUUGAGGGCAGCGGCAAACGCACGCAUCAAGGGUUCCCGGUACACGCUGCUAGUGAUCAGGACUGAUUACGAGGCAGAAUCCACAAAUGCUCUGACCGUUUCCAAAGGCGACGUGGUUGCUUUGUUGAGCGAUCACAUAAAUGAUUGGUUCUGGGUACGUUCUAGGGAUGGUAAGGAAGGAUUCAUCCCUGCUGUUAUUGCUGGUCACGGCUUUCUCUGAUUAUUUUCUGUUAAAUAAGAUUUAUUUAACGGUGGCGGACAGUUCAUGAAAUUCAUAGAACUUAUGUGUGUGUGUGUGUGUGUAUAUAUACAUAUUUUCGAUCUAUUAUGUAUAUCCUCGCAAUAAUAUCGUAAUUAUUAAAUUAUUCUAUUAAUAA